AUGGCCGCAGAGGACUGUGAAGGGUUUGGCGGCAAGUUGGGCCAAAUGUCACAAAAUGUCUACUACGAAAUGUUACUUGCAGAAGCUGACUUGGGACAAACAUCAUCUGGGACAAUGAUGCUCGUUGCUGCCGGCUACCUUUCUAGCAGCUUCGAUUCAGCCAAUAUGAGUGCCUCUCCUUGGGGCAGCACAUCGAAGCGGUGCUCUUGGCGCCUAUGCGAUGUCGCAACACCUUGCCUUGAUGAGCUAUUGCGAGCACGAGAUCUUGUGCGGUUUCUUGCUUGA